CCAUCUCGCUGCCGAGCAGGGAGCAGCCCCCAACCCCGUAGCGCAUCUUCCUCCUCGCCCCCUGCGGAGCGCCCCAGCCCCCUCGCUCCGUCGCUCGUCUUCCUCCUCGGGCAAGCGCCGCCACCGGGUCGAUCUCUCCUUCGAUUCUCUCGCUCCCGGCUGUUUCUCCUCCCAUCACCUCACGAAUAGAUUCCGCCCUUUAGCCCCCCGUUUCAUCUCCUUAAUAACCCAAUUCGUAACUGAGGCAAAAAACUAAGGUAGGGCGGCCGUCCUACCUUGCCCUACUGGGUCCUCCGCCCGUGUUUGCAGAGGGCUCCUCGUUCCUCAACAUGUCUUGGGCGGCAGUCGAGAACGACCCUGGUGUUUUUACAGAACUGUUGCAGCAGAUGCAAUUGAAGGGUCUUCAAGUCGAUGAACUCUACUCACUUGACCUUGAUGCCCUCAAAGAUAUUCAGCCAGUAUAUGGGCUCAUAAUUCUGUACAAAUGGCGACCCCCAGAGAAAGAUGAGCGCCCUGUUAUCAAAGAUGCGGUCCCAAAUCUUUUCUUCGCCAACCAGAUAAUUAACAGUGCAUGUGCAACGCAAGCUCUCGUUUCUGUUCUGUUGAACUCUUCAGGCAUCACCCUUAGUGACGACCUCAGAAAGCUAAAGGAGUUCGCAAAGGACUUGCCACCAGAGCUCAAAGGAUUGGCUAUAGUGAAUUGUGAAAGCAUUCGUGUGACCAGUAACUCCUUUGCAAGGUCAGAAGACUCUGAGGAGCAGAAAGCAUCUAGCAAGGAUGACGAUGUCUACCAUUUCAUUAGCUAUGUUCCUGUUGAUGGCGUCCUGUAUGAGCUUGAUGGACUAAAGGAUGGACCAAUUAGCCUGGGCAAAACCCCAGGUGGUGCUGGUGAUAUCGGGUGGCUGAGGAUGGUGCAGCCUGUCAUUCAGGAACGCAUUGAUCAGUUCUCUCAGAAUGAGAUAAGGUUCAGUGUCAUGGCAAUCACGAAGAACCGGAAGGAGAUGUACAUUGUAGAGCUCAAGGAACUUCAGAGGAAAAGGGAGAACCUCUUGUCACAAAUGGGCGAUCCUUCUGUCAAUCGGCAAAGGCAAUCUGUUGAGCGGUCACUCGCAGAGGUUGCUGCUCAGAUCGAGGCUGUGACCGAGAAGAUCAUAAUGGAGGAAGAGAAGUCGAAGAAGUGGAAGACAGAGAACAUCAGGAGGAAGCACAACUAUGUGCCUUUCUUGUUCAAUUUCCUCAAGAUUCUUGAGGAGAAGAAGCAGCUCAAGCCGCUGAUAGAGAAGGCAAAACAGAAGUCUCCUAACCCUAAGUGAAAUCUACAAUGUCAAAUUGUAUCGUGUCAAUUAUUUCAGUUUUGUGUAGAGAUGGCUGACUGGAUUUGUUUUCUUGCUGAGGGUGCUUAUCGGUCAAGUCCUAGAUAGGGCGCGUGCUUCUCUCCUGGUAUAUCCGUGCAAAUCUUCAAGAUUUCAUGUAGAACUUAACUUCCCAAAAUUUCCAACAUUUAUGAGUAAUGCUAAGGGCUUUUUCAUUUAAA